UUGUGGUAUGAGAGAUAGAAGUGUACUGUUUAUUCUUUUGCUAUUUCUUUUUCUUUUCAUGUUAUAAAAUAUUGUUAUCCGUUUUUCAUGCAAUUUUUUUUCCCAUUUUUUUCACAAGGUUGUUUUGCUUAUGUAUAUCUUAAUGAUAUCAUUUGCUAUGAUAAUUUGAAUUGGCUCAGGUAUGCAAUUUAUUCCUUCCAGCACUUAAUAUGUGGCUUUUUUAUGAUGUGAUAAAACACCUUAUAUACUAUUUCCUCGUGACAUCUUUGUUUUACAUUUCUUCAUGUAUUCUACCACAAGUUCUACACCUCAAAGUACAAGUUAGUUGCGUAUACUAUCUGAUCAAACAAUAAUUUUUUCAUGAAUUUUUGGAAAACAUCAAUUUGUUCAAAAUCUUCUCAUUUCUUGAUGCCUACUGAAAGAAAUUGGGAAAAAUGAUUUAUUCAAUUGAUUUUUUUGACAGGCAAUGAUAGUAUUCAGUGAUGUAUAUAUACUGAAGACGGCUUUUGAAAAAAGUUAAAAUUUCUAGAUGCCAAAAACUUAGCCCUUUCUAUUUAUUGCUGUUUUGCAUGGUGUUUCAGUUAUACAUUGGCCAAUGCAUACUAUUAUUUGAGAAACUUAUUUUGUGACUGGGAAUUUCUUGAUACUUAUUAUGAUACAUUAGCUUCUCGCAGUUCAAGAAAAUGCUUCAAACUAUCUCCCCCCAUUGCUAAUGCUUCUAUAAAUGAGGCUUAGACAUAUAACUUGGCAUUUUCUUUUGCAUUCACAAAAGCUCUUUAUGAACUUAUCUUAAAAUUUUCGCUUGAUUGUAUUAAAAUUCUUCUCUGAAUGUGAGACAUUCCUUUUCUCUGAAAUGUUGAUGCUACAGUUGUUAAAUAUUGCAAUUAUUGUGCAGGUGUAUGUAGACAUUUUUGCCACAGCAAUUCUUUUAUUCGGAGGAUCUCUGGGUUGCUAUGGUCUUCAGCUAUUUUGUAAAUUGAAAAGAGUAAGGUCUGAGAGAACUUCUUCAGAGAUGGGGAAGGUUGCUGGUUUAGCUGUUGUCUCUGUUAUAUGUUUCUCUUCAAGUGCUUUGAUAGCUUUUCUAACAGAACUGCAGUUUUCUUAUCACUGGAAUUUGAAGAAAAUGAGUGGAGUAGGGGCACCACUUCUGCUGGUCUUAUACUAUUUCAUAGGUGAUUUCCUUGCCUAA